AUGGCGGACGGAGGGACAAUUAAAACAACCCAGACUAAAACGUAUGCUGAAAUAGCCUCUUCCGAAGAUACAUCUUCAAAAGAUCAGUCAUUCUCCACAUGGGCCAAGAAGACACUCAGAAAGCAGUCAAAUGCAAAAAAAUGUCUGGAAGAGGGGCAUAAGCUUUUUGAGUGUCCAAAUGACUGGGUAUGCAGAACUUGUGGAGGCAGUGGACAUAAAUCAAAUUACUGCACUACUUGUCCAAAUGACUGGUUGUGUCAAACUUGUGGCAAAUCAGGCCAUACAACCCAAUACUGUAAUGCUGAAACUGUCUCCUCCAGUGAAGACAGCCAAUCAGAAUCCGAUUCUGAUUCUGACAACAAAUCUAGUCAUCAGCCUAAUCAGAAAAACAGAAAUUAUACUAAACACCAAUCUCCAGAUCUGUCGAAUUCUAAAAACAGAUUUACAUUCAACAAACAAAUACAUGUUGCAAGUGAAACAGCAGAGAAACAAGACAAUAACAAUCAAAACAAUCAAUCAAAAGAAAAUCCGAAAGCUUCUGAUACAAAUUCUACAGACGAAAAGAGUCAGGUUAGAAAAGCUAAACGACAAAAAACCAACAAGGACAAACAACACCGUUCUUCUGGAGAUCAGCAAAGCAUGGAUCACUUCUGA